CGCAGAUUCCGCGGCCAACCCACUGCAGUUUUGCGCGGAGGACCUAGUGCGUGCUCUGGCCGCCGCGACGCCUCAACAGUUGAAUGGCUAGACUAGAUAUACAUGCAACGGACCUCUUUUCGCAGAACCUGCGUCCUCACGACUUCUCACACUUCCCGUUAUAUUGUGCCUUCUCGCCGAGUCCUCCCACCAGCGGCAAUCAUCGAGAUCCAAGCGUGCGACCCAGCCUACACGAGAGAGCAAAGCCCUCAAGCAGAGACGAACAGGAGACUCACCUCUUGUCUCGAACGACGUCUCCAUCACGAGCCAGCCUCAUCCGGAUACCCUUGCACCGCACUAGGGGUAAUUUGUGAGAUCUCACAGACGGGACACGAUUUCUCGCGGCGUCAUACCUCUCCACACGUCGACGGUCACAAGCCCCACGACGCAUACGGCAGGAGACCCGGAACAGACGAGACUCAGACAGCCGUGGAGUGCAGUUUGUAGCUGCCAAUGCAUCACUCGUCUAAGAGCGCUGGACGAAGCAGAAAGAUGCCUGUCAUUGAGAAUUUUAAGAACUUCUUGCGCCAUGGCAAGCAGGCGCGCCAGAAUGCUGAGCCAACAUCGAGUGUAUCGCCUGUUCACGCACAACCACAUCGAGCAGAGCCUGCUCAUCAUGGCUUCUCGGAGCCAGCAAUGGACCACAAGCCACUGCAACAUGCUCCGGCCCCUCACGGUGAUUACUCAGUCGCUGGCGGAGGCGAUAACCGCAACAUCGCAGCGCAGGCCGGCGCCGCAGCAGACCGAGCGGCUCACCAGAAGCAGAAGCAGGAGGCCGCCGCUAAGGGUAAGGGAGUUGACCCUGAAGUAUUAGAGCGCAUCGUCGCAGAAGAACGUGAGGCGAAGGGCAAGCUCCCUAAGUACCCUGGUCUUGAGCGGUGGCAGAUUCUCGAAAAGAUGGGCGACGGCGCCUUCAGCAACGUAUACCGAGCACGCGAUACUACCGGGCAGUGGGGCGAGGUCGCCAUCAAGGUUGUCCGCAAGUUCGAAAUGAACUCUCAACAAGGCGAUAAGCAUGUUCACCCGGACUUCAAAACACCAAAAGCAGCUGAUAGAGCGAACAUCCUUAAGGAAGUUCAGAUCAUGCGACAACUUGACCACCCCAACAUCGUCAAAUUGAUCGACUUUUCCGAGUCCCGGCAAUACUACUACAUCGUACUCGAGCUCUGUCCAGGUGGCGAACUUUUCCACCAAAUCGUCCGUCUGACGUACUUUUCCGAGGACCUAUCACGACACACCAUCAUCCAGGUCGCAAAGGCACUGCAAUAUUUGCAUGAGGAGGCUGGUGUAGUCCACAGGGAUAUCAAGCCUGAGAACUUAUUGUUCUAUCCCACUCCCUUCGUUCCCACACGUGUUCCCAAGCCUAGAGGUCCCGAUGACGAAGACAAGGCCGACGAAGGCGAAUAUGUCAAGGGCGUAGGCGCUGGCGGUAUUGGCGUUAUCAAAAUCGCUGACUUUGGGCUAAGUAAAGUCAUCUGGGACAGCCAGACCAUGACACCUUGCGGAACUGUCGGAUACACUGCUCCCGAGAUCGUGAAAGACGAGCGCUACUCUAAGAGCGUCGACAUGUGGGCCUUGGGAUGCGUGCUGUACACCCUGCUCUGCGGCUUUCCUCCCUUCUACGACGAGUCCAUCCAGACUCUCACAGAAAAGGUCGCUCGUGGUCAAUACACAUUCCUGUCACCGUGGUGGGAUGAUAUUUCAAAGUCCGCCCAGGAUUUAGUAUCUCACCUCCUGACAGUAGAUCCUGAAAAGAGAUACGACAUCAACCAGUUCCUCAACCACCCAUGGAUACGCGAGGCGGACGAGCCUACAUACUCUGCCCUGGACGCUCCCCCUCUGGCUACCCCUGCGGCAUCCAGAAUGGACCCUAAGCUUCAACAACAGUACGCCUACCUCGAAUCCCCCGGUGCUGGCCGCAGGGAUUUCCGAUCGCCCGGUGCAGUCAAUCUUCGAGAAGUGUUUGACGUUGGUUACGCUGUGCACCGACAAGAAGAGGAGGGCAAGAGGAGGAAGAAUUUCAAGCAAGGCUAUCGUGGCGCGAAUGCCAUCAAUUCGCUCAACGCUCUCGAUGAGAACGAGGACGAUGACGAGUUGAAUAAUGAAUCGGUACCUUAUGACCCUUCCGUUCAGCACCCACCUGCUAAGCUUCCAAAGUCUCAGGGUGCCGACGUCUCCACGAUGGAGCAGAAGAUGCGCAACACUUCAUUGUCGGCCGCUGCACAAGCCCGACAACAACAAGCCCCCCCUCCUCAGUCGCGACAGCAGGAGCGCGGUUAUGGCCAGCAUUCCCCUGCUGUGGCUGCGGCCGCGAAGCGACAAGUCAAGAACAAGGGCGCGUUCGAACUCAGCCUGGACAAUGCAACAUUACUCGGCCGACGUGGCAAGAAGGGUCCCGUAGCCAGUGGGUUGCGGGGCGAGGUCACAGCUGGCGGCUUAUAGCAAUCAGCACCUCUUGCGAAGGAUUGGUGAAGCGUUUGAUUUACAGCUGCCUCGAAACAGCAUGACUGGCAUGGACAUGACCCGGACAUCAUGAGGCGUUCUCUCCAUCUAUUUUCCUUAUCUAUCCUUGUACGAAUCCGACACCCCUGUUCAUCUGUUCUCCACUGCGGCAUACAUGUGAUUUCUGUCUUUAUCGCUUGGCACGGGUAUUGUGGCCGGAAGUAUUAUGUAGAGGGGGCUAGCAUACUUCUAGACUGCUCAUAGAUGCGUGCUGCUGCUCAUGCAAAUAAUCAAGGUUCAUCACUGCGCUGCCACUGUCCGUUAUGUAGUUGUUCACAUGUGCUGAGUAAUAAAUGGAUUGCCC